AUGUCGGCCGCCUGCCCUUCUUCUUCUCCCUCCUGUGCUCUACCUCCUUUGCCUCUGGCGACCGGCGAGAAGGGCAGAGGACGAGCCUAUCGCCGCGCGCCGAGCCUCCCUUUCCGCCAUGCCGAGCCUCCCUCUCUGCCGCGCCGAGCCUGCCUCUCCGCCGUGCCAAGCCUGCCGUCGGUUGGAGUCACACGAUCACUUAAUUUGGUUUUCAAUUAG